UCACUCAUUUCUGUUUUUCUUGUACUACUAGUCGCUCUCGUCAGUCUUUGCUAAUCAGUGCUAAUGCUAACGCUUCUGUAAACAUACUGCCGGCUCCUGCCCUCACGUGCUGCAGUCAGUGAGUGUUGCCAGAUGGCAAGUACAAUGGGUUAUGGGAAACCUGGCCUACUUCCCACCCCAACCAAAGCUGGUGUUUCCUUAGCGACCUACUGCCAGUCGGCACCCAGCCAGGUGUAUCCCUCCUCCACCACUUACACCGGCCAGCACAGCAAGGCUCAUGCUGACAGCUCCAAAAAAGAGAAGAAACAACAGAUCCAGGAAAGAGCUGUCAAUGAAGUGAAAAACGCCAUCAAACCCUAUUACCAAAAGAAUGAAAUCAACAAGGAUGAGUACAAGGAGAUCGUCCGUAAAGCGGUAGAGAAGGUGUGCCACAGCAAGAGUGGUGAGGUGAACUCCAGUAAGGUGGCCAUCCUGGUGAAGGCCUACGUGGACAAAUACAAACACGCCCGCAAGAAAUGAGGGUGGUCCCGCUGCGGCGCGCAGACGUCCUCACAGACACUCAGCUGCUCAAGUGCAAUUUCCUCUGGCUGGAAUUGGGUCUCCAAAAUAAAAGACAACGGAGAGCCGACCUUUUCUUUUUUGAUAUCUCUACCUUUUAUUGAACGAUGAAGAUUUUUUUCUAUAGAUUUUGAUAUUUUGUUAGAAAAAUAAUUACCCAAUCAGAAAUUGUACUGCAAGAGCCCUUUAUUUUGCAUAGAUCAUGUGACUGGGGAACUACUGUAAAGAGCGCAGGGUAGCAUGGGGGGCUCUCCUUGAGUGCCGGCUGGUACGAUGAGUUCCUCCUGAAUGGCAUCUUAAUCGCAUAGCUUAAUUAAUUGAAUAUUGUCAAUGUUCUUUUUUUAAAUAUUAUAUAAUAUUUCAGAUGAAUUCCUAGUUUAAAGAACAGUGCAUUGCCUUCAUGAUUCUGUGGCCCCGUUUUGGGCCGGAGUCUGAUUCAUGUGAUUGUAAUCAGGGCCCUGAUUGGCUGGCGAGACACUAAGUGGGACGGCUGAUCACCAGUGAGUUUGUAAUGUAAGGAACAGAUCCCAGAAAGGGGGACAGAUCAACUGAAAUGAACCUUUCCCCCUGCCUGAAUAUGUAUGAAAUGUCAAUGGGUGAACAUGAACUGUGCAACGUAUCCAGAAAGUAGUGAAAUAAAUUAGCUGCUUCCUGA